AUGGAGGAGCUUCAGAGGGAACCAGACAGCUUGAGCGAGGGCAAGCCCAGGAAGGUGAGGUUCAAGCUGGCCUCGUCGUACAGCGGCCGGGUGCUGAAGCAUGUGUAUGAAGAUGGACAGGAGCUGGACAGUCCAGAGGAGCAGUACCCUCACAGCUUCAUCCACACCAAGAUGGAGAUGGGACAUCUGUGUGGCUUAGAAGAGAUGCAGGACCAGAGUUUGUACCCCCCGACAGGCCUGAUCGCCCAGAGGAUAAACGUCUAUCGAGGAGUGACGGGAUACAACUCCCUGGCGUGUGCAGAUCUUCAAGAAGGAGAUAAUAAAGAACCGGUAUUAGAUUUUGGAAAGAUUAUUAUCUACACCAGCAACCUGAAGAUUAUUCGAGCUCCUCACAGAAGAGGAGAAUCUGGAAGGAGUCCUCACCGCAGCCGGGACAGAAAAGAAAGUUCACCAGGACGGGAGUCCCGGAGCAAAGGGAGACAUAGAACAGCACGCUCCUGCGCAGAGGAACCGAACACAAUGACUGAACAAAAGCAGGAAGCAGGCUCCUGUGGACAGUGCGGAGGUUCAGGUUCUGAGCCGUGCUCCCUCUGUCAUGGCAGCAAACUGUCCAUGCUGGCCAAUCGCUUCAACGAGUCAAUCAGAGAGCUGCGCUGUCCAGCAUGCAAUCCCCACGGCCUACAGCGCUGCCAGUCCUGCACACACUAA